ACUUUUUGCACUUGUUCACUUUUUGCAGUUUCCGCAUGUAAUUUUUUCAAAUACAAUGGUUUGAAAUGUAAUUAUUCAGUGGCAGUGGUUUGUUCCCUUUCUUUUCACUGGCUUGAAUGAGUGUGUGACUUUUAGAUUUAAAACUUUUCCUAUGGUGAUCUUUUAAGUAUCUGUAUUACUCCGUGUGUUAGUCCUGAUAAUAAGUAUCGUCAGGGCUUAGGAUCUCAUUUUUUUAUGCUUUUGAAGGGAGACAUGCCAAAUAUCUUAGUUCUUUCUUCAUUGUAAUUCAAAUUUAAUUGAUAAUGAAAAGUGUUAAGAAGCAAGUCAUGGGGAGCACUCCAGGAGAUCCGAAUGCAUCAAAAAUCGGCGAGCUACAGAUUAAAGAUAUGAUGAAAGAUGCACAGAGGAUGAUCGCUGAACGGAAACGAGCUUUAGAGUCCUUGAAAGGUAAAUCAGCGCCUGUUGCUGCGGCGCCACCAGUACCUAAACCACCUGUCGGAAUUCCAGCAACUGAUGAAAAAGCUAAAAGAAUUGCAGAAUUGCAAGCUCAGAUUCAGUCAAAGAUCUCUAGUGGUGUCUUACCAGUUAAACAAGACAAACCAACUCCAUUGAUUCUUGACAAUGAAGGCCGUACCGUGGAUUCGUCUGGAAAAGAAAUUCAGCUUUCACAAGUCACCCCAACUUUAAAGGCUAAUAUCCAUGCAAAGAGGAGAGAAGAAUUUCGUCAGCAGCUAGCUGAAAAACCGGGUGAAGAAACAAGCGAAACCACAUUUUACGAUCCACGAAUCUCAACCCGUCCCAGUGUACGAGGCAAAAGGUCUUUUAAGUUCCAUGAGCCAGGGAAAUUUCGACAGUUGGCAGAACGGAUGCGAAUGAAAGCCCAGUUGGAAAAAUUACAAAAUGAAAUUUCUCAAAUAGCUCGUAAAACUGGCAUAUCCUCAGUAACGAAAUUAGCCCAGAUGGCACCUAAAAUUGAAAAUGAAAUAGAAGAAAUUCCCAGAGUUGAAUGGUGGGAUGCUGUCAUACUUGAAGGGGAAGAGUACAGCAAUAAUCUUAAUGGGUCUGUCAAUAUCAAGCAGAAUGCUAUCACCCAUCUAGUGGAACAUCCAACCCAAAUGAAACCACCAACUAGCUCUUUGAAACCAGACUACAUGCCUGUGUUCCUGACGAAAAAGGAGCGGAAGAAAUUAAGGCGGCAAAAUCGAAGGGAAGCGUGGAAAGAAGAACAAGAGAAAAUUAGAUUAGGAUUAGAACCUCCUCCCGAACCAAAGCUUCGUAUUUCAAACUUGAUGAGGGUUCUUGGGACAGAAGCUGUUCAAGAUCCAACAAAAAUAGAAGCUCAUGUCAGAGCCCAGAUGGCUAAAAGACAGAAAGCUCAUGAAGACUCGAAUGCUGCCAGACAAUUAUCAACUGAACAACGGAAAGAGAAAAAACUAAGAAAAAUUCAAGAAGAUACAACGUUAGGAGUCCAUGUAGCAAUUUACAGGGUUGAUCAGUUAAGUAGCGCAUCGAAAAAGUUCAAAGUAGAAACAAAUGCCAAACAAUUAUUCAUGACUGGCUGUGUUGUCAUGUUCAAAGACUGCAAUGUGAUAGUUGUGGAAGGAGGUCCAAAACAGCAGAAAAAGUUUAAAAGGUUGAUGCUUCACAGGAUAAAGUGGGAAGAAGAUAUGCUGAAAGAUGAGGAUGGAAAAGAUGUUCCCAAUAAAUGUGUCCUCGUAUGGGAGGGUUUGGUGAAACAAAGAAACUUUGGUGAAAUGAAAUUCAAAGUAUGUGCCACAGAAAAACUAGCACGGGAACAAUUUAGGAAACAUGAAGUUGAACAGUACUGGGACUUGGCAUACAGUAAAGCAGUUAUGAAUGACAAAUAGUUGCACCGAAUAAGUGAAGCCAAACUGUAAUCUUUUUUCUCCAUUCUGUUGUCUUACCAUGGCGCCAUCAGCAAUGAAUGGAAAUUCAGUCUACUUUGAAUGUUCCGUUUUGCAAUAAAAAAGAACUUUGUAUACUCACGCCUUAUUGAGGGUAUGGCGCUUAAUGGACUACGUAAAACCCAGUAGCAAGUACCAUCUAGAGCAGAAUACAAAACCAUCCAUUUUUAAUGUUCUUAAGAUGGACCCAUACUGGUAGUAAAGAAACAUUGUGUCACCGACAAAUUUUGCUUAAACACUAGUUUUGAUUUGAUUUUAUAGCCAAAUGUAGGUAAAUAGCCGAAAAACUCAUGUAAGCUGUUUGUUUCUGAAAAAUCUCUUGAAAACUCCAUGAAGGCAAAAAUUUACUGAACAUGAUAUUUGCCGUUCAAUUUGAUAGACAUCUAAUCGAAAGAAACAAUUCAAGUUCAUAUUAACUCCAACUUAUUUUUUUAAUUUUCAAAAGAAAUCUUUAGGAAAUAGAUAUCAGAAAAUAUAUAUUCAUUGGCUUGAGUGAUCUAUUUUGCACUAAACAUUAAAAGAAGGACCAGUAUUUCACCAAAAUGUGUUGGAUACCCUAAUGUUUGUUCAAUUUUAGAGCAGAUACCUCAAACUAAUGUCUUGCAAAAGCAAGAAUCAAUGAAGAGAUUGUCCUGUGCUAUGAAAUUGUAUAGUUAGAUUCUUUUACCAAAAAAUAUGAAAAAUCUUGAACACUCCACCAUUAAAAUCGGCUUUAACUAUUUAAUUUACUGAAAUUAAAUUACUUGUCUCUUAUAGUGACAUACAAAUUUUAUACUUUUAUUAACUCUCAGGUGUUAAGUGAAGUGCAGUGAGAAUAAUCACAUUCAACACCUGUGAAAAUCAUUGUUAUUGUGAUAAAAUGCGUACUUUAAAAAUGAAAGGGGGGAAAAAUCCAAAUACAUGUCUCAAAAUAAGCACUAA